UGUUAAUUUUGUGGUGCCCCUCUUCAAGACAGCAUCAAUGGAACAAAGACAUGAAGCUCCCUCUGCACAGUCCCAAAUGCCUGAUAAAUAUACUGCUGAGCACAUGAAGGCAGCUGACGAAUCCAUAUCCAAGGUAUUGGAUUGGUUCACCAGAAGCGAAGAAAUGCCAUCAGUAAAUGAAAGGUUGAAAGAAGUGGAACCUCCAUCUGAGCCAAUAGUAGAGAACAAGCUACCAUUAAAUGCAAAGCCCGAUACUGAGUUCUCACAUACUGAAUCUGAUAUAUUUACAAAAAGCCUUCAAGAGAUGCAGAAUGUAAACGGUGAAAUCCAAAGAUCAGGAGAACAAGGAAUCCAAUUAAAGGAAGUUCAGACUCCAACAAAGGUGAACAUUUUUCACAAAUCUGUAAUUCCAGAAGCAAUAGUUUUGGAGGAGAAAAGUAAAAUGAAAACAAAAAAUGGUUUUGAGAGCACUUAUCCAAUUUCGGAGAAUGUAAUCAAAUCUUCCAAUAAUCAACAGCAGCACAUCAGACUGGAACGAGAUGAGUCAAAACAAGGGCUAUUAGUUUCUGAAAAAGGGAGGGUUGAAGCAAAUGUAAGUGCCGAUGGAGAGUCAGACUCUCAAGCAACCUCAAAUGUCAACUUUUUUCUUGCUACUACUAAUAAAAAUGAUAUACAAGUGACUGAAUCAAGAUCAGAAAGUACUAGUUUAAAUCCAGAAGAAUCUAAAACAUUACCAACCUCUGGUGUCAGUGAUAUAACAGAGGAUGCACUUAACGCUUUUCAAAAUCUUUCUUCAAAACACAGAACUUCAUACCAGGAAAAUAGUUUUGCGAAUGCAGUGUUUAGAAAGUCAGCCGAGAAUGAAGACACCAUUGAUAUUAAGUCAUCUAAUUACAAAUCAGCAAACAAAGCAUCUAAUGCAGUGACUACUGCAAGUUUGAACUCUACAUUUUUCGACAAUGGAGCAGAAAAAGAGUUAGACCGCACCAAAAUAAAAAAACAGCAAUCUGUUGAUGGAAAUGAGCACGUAACUACAACACGUGAGAAUCCUUUCUUGGAACAAGCAAGGCAAGGAUCAAAUGAACAUAUAGAUGUACCUGUAUAUGAUGGUCAGUCAGCUUUAAGAAAAAACACAACGCUAAACAAAGCAAAAACAAAGAGCUCACUUAAGCAGAAUGAAGAAGAAACCAAUGUUUUACAAGAUAAAAUUCACGUUAAAGCCAUAGAUUUGAAGCAAACAUUGAAUAAUGAUGAAAAUUCAACUAAGGUUAAUUUCCAAUUGGAGAAAAAUGACACAAAUGUAAUUCCUAAAAAUGAAAAGCCUUUCACUAUAGUUUCAAUAAAGAAAAAAAUAUGCAACACAUCAGAUGAUCCACAUCAAGAUCUCUCUCAUUUCACAAACCUAAGAAACUUUUGGGAUAAAGGAACUAAAACUCUUGAUGAUGAUGAACUGGGGCUUGCAAACACUUCAGAUGACAAACAUUCCAUCUUGAAAAUAGCAACAAAUACUGAGCAAAAAAUGCUAUUAGAAGCAAAACCUUCGAUAACUAAUUACCCUGACGAUCUUUCCAAAAACGAAAGCAUGAAAACGGAGGAGUGUCAUGGACCAAGUGUCCAAGAAAGAAUGCAACAGAUCCUUCAACAGAGAGAAUCUCAACCUGAUAAAAAAAGAUUGAACACCAAAUAUUUUCCCAAAGUUCUCCCGACAGAACCUGAAGAGAUCAAAUUAAAAUUGAAGACAGCAAAUAAUGCCUUAAAUAAAAAUGAACUUUUGUCGACUUCAAAUGAUUUCCAGAAACACUCCUCUGAAGUAGGGGAAAGUGCUCAAGAGAGGAUAAUUUGUGAUCCAAAAUCACAGGAGUCAAAUAAUUUGAACGUUGGAUUGCAGUGGAGACAUCAGGAAAAAGAUGAAAAUGAAACUUCACUUAUUGAGGAACAGCAUAAACAUGAGAGAGUUUUGCUAUCAGACAACCAGACUUUCAUGCUAAGUGAUGAAUCAGCUGAUAGAAUGAUCAAUUCACAAUCUUUAUUGGAAGAUAUAAACCAAAGCAGACCAAAUACUUAUAGCAAAAUUGGAAAUAAUAAAGAUGACAAUAUUUCAGAAAAGCUAUUACAAAGCCAAAUUCCAAAUGUUCUAAAACCACCUGAAAAAUCUUUUCAAAAUGAAAACUCAUCAAUUAAACAAAUAUCAUCUAAGGAAGUGAGCAGUAAUGAAGAAAAUCUUGCUUUAUUUGCAGGACGUUCCCCACUUGUAGAGGAAAAUGACAUUCCCCAAAAGAAUUUGAACAAUUCUGAGUCAUUGGACAACAUGAUCCAUGGUAAUCUGAAGACAGUUGAAGAAGAUAAAUUGUCAUCUAUUAAAAAUGACAAAGGGUCUAAAUAUAAUGAAAACCUAGGAAUAGAUUUAAAUAAGGAUAACAGAGGUUUUGAUUUGCAAGACCAAUUUCAAAUGGAGUUAAAUCUUCCAUCUGGAACUACUAGAACAAGCACCUUCAAGGAAAAUAGUGAUAGUCCUACGAAAAGAUCCAUGGAAAGUUUCAAGGCAGGUGCACAGGACAACCCAGAUCAAGAUGCUUCAUCAAAAAACGUAUUGUUAGACUAUUCAAGAGGAAGUGACCACUUACAUGCUGAAACCUGGAGAAGUUCACUCAGUGAGGAAGAAGAGGGGUCAUCUUUGGCUUUGAAAAGAAACUCGCGCACAAGUGAAACUUACAAAAGUCUGCAAGAUAUCCAUGUUAUCUCCUCAAGAAUGCCUAAUACCUUAGAUUCUACAAACCAAGAAAUGCUGCUCAGUGCUGACAAUGUUUCCAGUAUUCCAACAACCCCAGAAAACACAUCUUUACAAUCAAAAAGGAUGAAACGGCUGAGUAAGUCAGUACCUGCGUUUCCAGAGAAUGAUGAUGCAGACUCUAUGUCGGAGGGCAGCUUCCAGAUGGACAAGCAUGGGACAAUCGCCAGCUCUCUAACAAACAUUAGCGGCUCUUCUGGCAUGGCAUCAAGAUCCUCUGUUAGUGGAAGUACAAUGAGCAUCUACAGCAGUGACAUUGGAAAUAUUGAUGUCAGAGGGAAGAUACAGUUUUCAUUGGAUUAUGUAGACAAGUUGAAAGAGUUCCAUAUUUUCGUGGUACGCUGCUCAGACCUAGCUGCUGCUGAAGAGAAGAAAAAUCGAUCUGAUCCAUAUGUGAAAAGUUACCUGCUUCCAGAUAAAAUUAAAACUGGUAAAAGGAAAACAACAGUGAAAAAGAGAACCUUGAAUCCGGUCUACAAUGAAAUACUGAGGUAUAAAAUUGACAAAGCCUCCCUGAUGGCUCAAACACUGAACCUGUCUGUCUGGCACAAUGAUACAUUUGGCCGCAACAGUUUUCUAGGUGAAGUAGAAGUAGAGUUAAGGAAGUGGGAUUGGAGCAACAAGAAAAUGGACUGGCACGACCUGAAACCAAGGACAAUUUCAGCUAACAGAACUGGUGAUAAAGGCAGCUUAAAAGUGGCUUUCCGCUACAUUCCUCAGGGAUACAAAGGCAAAAAAACAGGAGAAGUUCAAAUCUGGGUGAAAGAAGCCAGUAAUUUACCCCAGAUUAGGCCAAGUCGUUUGGAUCCAUUUGUUAAAUGCUUCAUUCUUCCAGACACAAGCAGAAAAAGUCGUCAGAAAACGCGGGUUGUGAAGAAAAGCACAAAUCCUGUAUUCAAUCACACCAUGGUUUAUGAUGGUUUCAGCACUGAAGAUCUUAAGGAUGCAUGUGUUGAACUUUCUGUCUGGGACCACGACAAACUGAUUAAUCAUUUUCUUGGAGGACUAAGGAUUGGCCUUGGCACAGGUAAAAGUUAUGGAUUGACAGUUGAUUGGAUGGAUUCUACAGAAGAAGAAAUAUCUGUAUGGGAUAAAAUGAUGACCCAUCCAAAUACUUGGGUUGAGGACGUGCUCCCUUUGAGAAUGUUGAUGCUCAGCAAAAUGUCAGGAACCUAAACUGAACGUUUUACAAAACUGGAAAAAGAUUUGCCAAAUAAAUUGUGUCUGCACACUAGUUCUAGUUAUCUGGGACACAAGUUUUUUCAGUUUUGUUGUUGUGACUAGUUAUUUGUACUAGGCUGAGAAACACAUGGAUUUACCUGAACAAAAAUAAGUUUAUUUUAAGUUUAUUAAAGGACAAGCCAAAGCUAUAUGCUGCAAUGUUAAUAUAUACACAGUGCUGGAAAUAAUAAUAAUUCAGUUUGAAACGGACUUCAAAAGUGAAGAUUCAAAUUAACCUUUUCAGUCAGAUGCCACUUUAUUGUAUUGAUACAGCAAUGAAUUAACUACUAACAAAUCCAACUUUACUUUCAUACCUAUGUUCCUAUUAUAUAUCAAUGGCAGAAAGCCUAUACAGUGAUUAUUUUCUGUUGGAGCACUUAAACAAUUGUCAAACGGACUAUGAAGAUUUUAAGAAGUUAAACAAGUAAUAACAAAUGAAGAAAAGAAUUAAACAUUCUUCAUGAACUGUUGCAAAAUAUAUACUGUAAUAUCAGUUUCAAAUAUCCAUUUAAUAAUAAAUUCAAAUGAUAUGGA